AUGGAGCCUCUUUUGGAGUUGUUUAAACCAAAAUUUAUUCCUGCACCAAAAGUUAAUCUAACCUUAGUUGUCUCUGAACAAGAGAUUCAACAUGAAGUUACUCCUCCUCCUAAAAAGCAAGUCAUUUCUCAAUCUAAGAUUGGAACUACUUCUAGAGCUGAGAAGCCUUCUGAAUAUGACUUCAUGCCUCUGGUAGUACUGAAGACUCUGGAAGAACUCAAGCAAAAAAAUGAACUUGUUAGAUCUUGUCUGGACAAGCAAGAUGAAAUGUUUCUGGAACAAGCUCAGACCAACACCAAGAUUGAAGGCCUGUUUCAUGUGAUUUUGUCAAGGCUUCCACCCCUACCUAAAACCAUUUAA